AAAGAUAAAUAGAACAGCUUAAAUAAGAAGCAGGACCAAGGCGAAAGAAAAGAAACUGCUGUUUAAAAGAACAGUGAAAAAUGGAAGACAGUAGUACAGAGACCACAGACACAGAGGAGGACGAGGAAGAGACGGCUCAGGAAGACCCUAUUUAUGCCAUAGCACCUACAACUAACUUCCGAGAUGAACGGUUUGUAGAUUUAUCAACAACUCCAGCUUUCCUUUUUCUACAAGAGUUACAUGUUAUAGGAAAACUCCCUGCAACCAGAAUGGCAGAGUUGAAGGCCAAGUACACCUUGCUGCACGAUACCGUGAUCAGCACGCAGGAGUCGGAGGUGCAGCUGCUGCAGGAUGCCAAACGCUUCACGGAGCAGAUAGAGCAGCAGCAGUUAAAACUGCAGCAAGCAGAGGCUUUCCCAGAGGCCUUCAACACCGAGGUCUCCAAAAUGAGAGAGCAGCUGCUCAAGUAUCAAAAUGAAUACAACGCAGUGAUGGAAAGGGAGUAUCAUAAUCAGUACCGACUGAACAGCUUAAAGGAAGAAAGAGGCCUCGUAAUAAAGGAAUUUGAGAAGAUACCUAAGCCAGGAGAGAUGGAAAAGAAGAUGAGAAUAUUGAGAGAAAGCACUGAAGAAUUACGUAAAGAAAUAAUGCAGAAGAAAUUAGAAAUUAAAACCUUACGGGAAGAUUUGGCAUCUAAGCAAAAACAGUUACUCAAAGAGCAGAAGGAGCUGGAAGACCAGUUGGACUACCAGAUCAGCCUAAAGGAUGAUGUGGUCCACCAUCAAGCUCUUCCUAUGCAAAUUGGAAAAGAGAUAGAAAAAAUUACUCGCAGAAAAGUAGAAAUGGAAAGGAAAAACCUUGCCUUAGAAAAUGAAGCCAAGGAAUUAAAUGACUUCCUAAAGAAAACUGAAACUAAAAUUAACACUAUAAUGGAAGAGAAAGAGGAUGUAAUAAAAGAAGUUGAAGGAAAGCGAGCCUUACUUGAAGUUAAGGAAAGAGAACACGGGCAGUUGCUCAAAUUAUUGGAAUUAACCAGAGAGAACGAAGCCACGCUGCUAACUGAAAGAGGGAUAUUGGAUCUCAGUUUACAAAACCGUCUCAUCGACAAGCAGAACUACCACGACGAGCUUUCUCGUAAGCAGAGAGAAAAAGAGCGAGAUUUUCGGAAUUUAAAAAAGAUGGAGUUGCUCUUGAAAGUGUCUUUGGAUGCACUGGCUCAAACGCAAGCACUACAUCAAAGACUUCUCUUAGAGAUAGAUGCGUUCCCUAAAGAUGAUACCACGUGGUCUGACAGAAGGCGAGAGCUCCACAAGGAAGUGGAAAUAGCUAGGAGGAAUUUGGCCCAACAGAAAGUCUUAUCUGAUACAGAGUCCAAGUUAGUCGAACAACAACUUGCCGAUGAAAACAAGCUUGUAAAGGAGCAAGGAAACAUACGUGAGCUGGUGUUAACGCUUCUCCGGAUGACGCAAGUGAAAGCUGAUGAGAGAGACCAGAAGUCCAAGGAUUUUCUGAAGGCUCAGCAAAAAUAUGCCAACAUUAUUAAAGAAAUCAAAGCAAAGGAUCUUGAAAUCAGGAUUCACAGGAAGAAAAAACGUGAAAUUCAUCGAAGACUCAGAGAGUUUGCUAAACUCUAUGACAGUAUUCGAAAUGAAAGAAACAAGUUUGUUAACUUGCUUCACAAAGCUCACCAGAAAGUAAAUGAAAUCAAAGAGAGGCAUAAAAUGUCAUUAAAUGAACUGGAAAUUUUAAGGAAUAGUGCCGUUACUCAAGAAAGGAAGCUACAAAAUAGCAUGCUGAAGCAUGCCAACAAUGUCACCAUCCGGGAGAGCAUGCAAAACGACGUGUGCAAACUUGUUGCAAAACUCCAGGAAAUGAGAGAGAAGAAGGAUGUCCAGUUAAACAAUAUUGAUAGGCUUUCCAACAUGAUCACAGUGAUCGAAGAGGAGAUGGUGCAGCUUCGCAAAAAAUAUGAAAAGGCCGUCCAGCGUCGAAAUGAAUGCGGUGUUCAGCUGAUAGAGCGGGAAGAAGAAGUGUGCAUUUUCUAUGAAAAGAUAAAUAUCCAAGAGAAGAUGAAACUAAAUGGAGAAAUUGAAAUACACGUCCUGGAAGAAAAGAUCCGAUUCCUGAAACUGAAGAUCGCAGAGAAGCAAAGACAGAUCCACGUGACCGAGAAGUUACUGCCGGCCAAGCGGUCCCUGGACGCCGACCUCGCAGUGCUCCAGAUUCAGUUUUCACAGUGUACGGACAAAAUAAGAGACUUGGAAAAGCAGUUUAUAAAUCCUGAAGGUGAGAACAGAACCCGCUUCCUUCCAGGGAAAGAUCUAACCGAAGACCAAAUGAUCACCAAAUUGGAUGAGCUGGAAAUGCAGCUGGCCCAGAAGGAGGAGAAGUUACUGGAGAAGGACUUCAUCUACGAGCAGGUCUCCCGGCUCACGGACAGGCUCUGCAGCAAAACUCAUGCCUGCAAGCAGGACACGCUGCUCUUGGCCAAGAAGAUGAAUGGCUACCAGAGGAAGAUCAAAGACGCUACUGAAAAACUCAUGGCUCUUGUUGCUGAGCUAUCCAUGAAACAAGCUCUGGCCAUCGAACUCCAAAAGGAACUAAGGGAAAAAGAAGACUUCAUCUACUCUUGCCGUUCCAGGAUAGAAAUGGGUCUUCCACUCAACAAAGAGAUCGAGAGAGAGUGGUUGAAGGUACUUCGAGACGAAGAAAUGCAUGCCCUGGCCAUCGCUGAGAAGUCUCAUGAGUUCAUGGAAGCAGACACUCGGCAGCUGCCCAAUGGUGUUUACACGACCGCAGAGCCGCGACCCAAUGCCUACAUCCCAGAAGCCGAUGCCACUCUGCCAUUGCCAAAGCCAUAUGGUGCCCUGGCUCCUUUUAAACCCAGUGAGGCUGGCGCUAACAUGAGGCACAUCCGGAAGCCUGUGAUACAGCCAAUUGAAAUUUGAAGGCGCCAGUCCAGCCCUUCCACCAGACUUCCCUGACCCCCGCAGUGGGAAAACAUGAGCAUAUUCAUUCUGGAGAGGACCUACAAACGUCCUCUGCCGCAGCAGAUCACUGCAUGGCUCACCUCUUUUUUCCUCUCUCUAUUGGUUACCUUUCAUAGGCAAGGGGCUAUACAAAUCCAAUGAAAAUACUUUUUUUUUUUAACUCUGUAAG